GUGUGUGAGUGAGUGUAAGGGCCAAUUUUAGAGGGACGGAAGAGUGUGUGUGUGUGUGUGUGUGUGUGUGUGUGUGUGUGUGUGUGUGUGUGUGUGAGAGAGGACAACUUCUGACCAAGAAGUGUGCGUCUGUCUGGACUUCACAAGCAUACAGGUAUGGAGGUGCUGGGCCUAUUGGUGGGCGGGACUACUGUGCUCCUGUCCAUCAUUCUGCUGACCAGCCUCUGUUUGAACUGCAUGAGAUCUUCCUCCUCCCACAGCAUCAUCACUGAAAACCAUGACAACGAUGACUACACACAGCCGAUUGGCAGUUUCAUGGUGACAAGAUCAGGGACAGAAGCAUAUCCGACUCGUGACAACUUUCACACCCUGAGUCCACGGCUCAAUCCAGCCCCGUAUGUCUCUCAGUCUCCUUCGCCAGUGACCAGGCCUAUUUGUAGUACAAACACAGACGAUGAUCAGUCAUCUGCUGAUGAGUAUGUGAAUACGGAGGAGGAGGAUGACCGAGCAUACAUUCAUGUGCUACCAUCUGAGGCGGGGCCUAAUGCAUCGGCCAAUCAGUCCAAACUGAGCCUCUGCCCCUCACACAGCUCUCAAGGUCAGGAUUCAAAUGAGUAUAUAAAUGUGGAUCCCCAGCAUACCAAAGACAACCCAACCCAUGAGGGCCUUAAUGAUGAGAGUGACAGAAACAGUGAGGAGGACUAUCAGAAUGUGUCACCAGUGCAGGUUAGGUGCAUCUCCACUGAAUUUCAGCAUAACAUGUCGGGAACAGAUUCCGAGCCUGAGCCACAGACCUUUCUGAUUGGCUCGCAGGCCUCUCUGGACAGUGAUGAUGAUUUGGACAGUGGAGCAUAUGUCAACGUAUAGCCUUUCUGCACUCUUCUCCUCCAUCUCUACCUCCAUAUCUCUUCCAUCUGUUGUUCCAUCUCUCAGAUUGGUCAGCUGAUCACUGUGCUGCACUGACACAAGCUCCGGUUCCCGCUGACGCCGACGACCUCAUCCUCACCCCAUCAAAGCCCCAUCCAGGCCGGUUCUGGGUUCCACAGGCCAGUUCUGGGUUCCAAAGGCCAGUUCUGUGUUCCACAGCCAGUGCUCUAAGGCCUGUCUCGUUUCUGUGAAUCUUCUGCUGACGACUCCUGAGAAUGUUUUCUGUUUGACUUCUAGCCUUCAUAUUUAAUUGGCUAUUUUUUUUUCUAGUUUUGAUAUUAAUAUUUGAGUCAAGCUUUUGUUAACUGUAACUAAGAAGGGUAGAUGUUUACCUUCCUCUCAAAUGUGUAAAAACCUGAUUAUUAAAGAAAGGGUGAAUCCUAAACCAUCUGACGAGUGUAAAAACAUGAUCAAAAUAACAAAAACAAGUUCAUGAAAUAAA